UCUCAGCUUGGAAGUCUCAACCCACUUUAUCCUUCUCUCCGAUACUGCUUCACCAUGCCAUGCUUCACUUGACAUGACGGAUGUACCAAAGUAUCUCGCCCAGAACGUCCAUCCCUGACACGAACCGUCCGGUACCGUACCGAGCUUCCCCCAGCUGUUGGAGAGCAGACCACUGCCACCCUCACCACCACCACCCCCACUUCUCACUUAUACCACCGUUCCUGGCCAUGCUCAAGAUGUUGCUCUCGUCUCUAUAUAAGACCAGUGUCGCCAUGCUCUGGUUUCUCGUCUGAUCAGAUCAAGCGAACCAAGCUCAACAGCCUUCCAUCUUACAUUCCAAUCUCUUCUUCUACCUCAUAGGAAGAUCCCAGAUUUCAUCUGUACUUCAGAGACAUCUUCAUACACACACAUCACCAACACAAACCAUCAUAAUGGCCGCUCCCGAGAUCCCCACCGAGCAAUGGGCUCAGGUUAUCGAGAAGACCGGAGGCCCCGCCGUCUACAAGAAGAUUCCCGUUCAGAAGCCCGCCUCUGAUGAGGUCUUGAUCAACGUCAAGUACUCCGGUGUCUGCCACACCGAUCUCCACGCCAUGAUGGGCGACUGGCCCCUCGACACCAAGAUGCCCCUCGUCGGUGGCCACGAGGGCGCCGGUGUCGUCGUCGCCCGCGGCGAACUCGUCAAGGACGUCGAGAUUGGCGACUACGCCGGUAUCAAGUGGCUCAACGGCUCCUGCCUCGCCUGCACCUUCUGCCAGGACGCCGACGAGCCCCUCUGCCCCCACGCCCUGCUCUCCGGUUACACCGUCGAUGGCAGCUUCCAGCAGUACGCCAUUGCAAAGGCCGCCCACGUUGCCCGCAUUCCCAAGGACGUCAGCCUCGAGGCCGUGUCCCCCGUCCUCUGCGCCGGUAUCACCGUCUACAAGGGCCUCAAGGAGUCCGGCGUUCGUGCCGGCCAGUGGGUCGCCAUUGUCGGUGCCGGUGGCGGUCUCGGCUCCCUGGCUCUGCAGUACGCCAAGGCCAUGGGCAUCCACACUGUCGCCAUUGACGGCGGCGCCGAGAAGGGCGAGAUGUGCAAGAAGCUCGGUGCCACCGAGUACGUCGACUUCACCACCUCGUCCGACCUCGUCGCAGACGUCAAGAAGGCCACCCCCGAGGGUCUUGGUCCCCAUGCCGUCAUCCUUCUCGCCGUCAGCGAGAAGCCCUUCCAGCAGGCCACCCAGUACGUCCGCUCCCGCGGCACAGUCGUCUGCAUCGGCCUGCCCGCCAACGCCUACCUUCGCGCCCCUGUCUUCGACACCGUCAUCCGCAUGAUCAACAUCAAGGGCAGCUACGUCGGUAACCGCAAGGACACCGCCGAGGCCCUUGAGUUCUUCCGCCGCGGCCUCAUCAACGCACCAUUCAAGACCGUCGGCCUGAGCCAGCUCAAUGAGGUCUUUGACAUGAUGAAGAAGGGCCAGAUUGCCGGCCGCUACGUCGUCGACACCAGCAAAUAGACGAGCGAGACAAGAUCUCGAAACAAAAAGUUGUGGGGGCGUAAUGUGAACUCUUGAGAGACCAAAAAGGUUGGGGCCUUAACGGCGGCGGUUGGGUGGCGGCGGCAGUGGUUGUGUUUCACGGCGGGCGAGUGGAUGAAUUUGACGUCUUUUGUUUGCAAAGGGGCUUUUGUUUAGGAUACCUAACCUGGGAGGGAGUUCAGCGUGUAUGAUACAUAUCUUUCUCGUUCUAUUGGAAACGAGUAAUGAACAAAUUUGGAAAACACUCUGCAGUCUUCUUUGAGCUUGUAACACUUGUGAGAAACUCCUGACUUUUUGCAAACUGACUAUAAGAUAGAUGGCCACAUGUUACUAGUAGCCAGAGUUCAGGCCGCAAAUACUCACGAACAUCAGUCUUGGCAUAAAUGUUAGCAGGGCUAUAGAGCCUUCCAGCUAAUUAGAAGUGCAUGAAAUCGGAUCAUCAGGACUUUGGGGUAAAGGAGGGAAUGGGUGUAGCCCAUCUUAACUACUAGCGUCUGCUUGUCCCUCCAAUAGUCACAGACCAACUUGCAGCGACGAUGUUGACUCUUUGCUUUGCAUCAAGCACAAUCUUGGCAUGGAUCCGUACAAAGCGUAGUGAGUUGCAUCGACCAAACACUCUAGGCAGG